AUGACAACCCCUCAACCGGCCGCUUCCUCCGAGGAGGAGGCCCCCUUCGGCUACACCAAGGGAGGAAGACCCCGCAAGCGUCCCCUCUCCGACGCCAACAGGGAAGGUCUCUGCCCCGUUAAGGAAUGUCAACGCAGCUUCAGACACCGGUACGGAUUCACCCUCAUUUCCUUCCUGGAUGGGAAUCCUAAUAUUAUCGAUAGCCAAAAUCCCCAGCAAGCGCUCUGGCAGCACCUGGGCUACUACCUGAGUCCUCUACACGCAUAUUUCCCCACCUCCCAAGCGCAUAUCGAGAUGCACGAAAAGAUGAAAGCGGAAUCGGCGAGUAGGAGACUCACAGAAAACGAAAAAAAGGAGCGGCAGAAGGAGAGCAAAAAGAAAUGGGUGGAAAAGAAUAAGGAAAAGAGAGCGCUUUCCUUGAAAAAGUCAAAUCUCCGGAAGAAGGCGAAGAAAGAGUUGAAGAAGGAAGGGCAGGAUUUGACGGAACGGGCUAUAGAGGAAUUGGUGGAAAAAUGGCUUGUACAGGGGGGUGGGCAAUGAUGGUGCAGCGCGGUCGCAACGGCAUAUCAACGAUUCACAUUCACCUCAUUGUUGUAACCUACCUCUGGAUUUUUCAUUCAUCGGGUCGAAUUCAUUUGUAGUUAUUACGGCGA